AGAAGCAGUCAAGUUGUUGGUCGAUAAGAGAUUCACACAUUCAACAAAGAUUGUUAAAAGUGCCAGGAUUAAGCACAAUUAUCAUCCCUAGUGCUGUUUUUCAGCUCUGAACUAAUACCCUGUUGUUGAUAUCUUCGUGAACCAGAUAUCAAAACGCGUAACAUCAGCGCACCCGUGGUUUACACGUAUUACUUCGUAAAGGCAGAGAAAAGAAAGUAAUAAAAAAUGUCGUUUUCGGAAAGAUUAGCAGGACUAAUGGCUCGACCCGGCCAGGACAAUGUACCCCGGGACGACGUACCUUGGCAUCUCAAAUACGCCGGACGUGCGGCGGGUAUCGUUGGUGGAUUCUUUGCUGUUUUGUUUGGUCUGUAUAAUUGCAUAAGCAUUCUGGUCGGCAACGUCGGAUGUCUGGUCGGAGGUAUUCUGCAGAUACUGCUCGGCUUAGGUGUGCUGGCGAUAGAGGCACCAUGUUGCUUCAUAUUCAUAGACUACGUGCAGCAGGUAGCGGAGUGGGUUGACAAUCGACCGUACUGGUAUCGGGCGGCAGCAUACUGCGUACUUGCAUUGAUUCCGGUGGGUAUGUGCUUUGGACUAGGCAGCCUGUUCGGUUGUGGUCUUAUAUUCGUUACCGGAAUGCUGUACGGUAUGAUGGCACUCGGCAAAAAAGCGUCGCAGGAAGACAUGCGGGCGGCAGCAGCGUCAUCGGCGGCAGCCAGCUCGUCCGCUGAGCGGGGCACCAACGGUAUGUCCACAGUCGAUGCCGGUAGUGGUAGCGCAACGAGCAAGCAGAACUCUUCACUAGUGUAUAAUGUGCAACCGAUCUCUUACAGCUCACCACCCCCGUAUGAUAGUGUAGCUUAGGAAAUUCCGAGAACGACAAAAGUGUCCCUAGGCAGGCAGAAGGCAUAAGGAAAGGCAUAAGGAAAAGAUAUCCCGAGUGCAGGGGAGGGCCCGGUUGUCACAUUAGACAGCAAAAAACAAAAAGAACCUAAAUGGCAAGUCGAUAAUCCACACCCCAUCUUGAUGUAACGCAUCUACUUCCAAGAUCAUUUUCCUAUUUUCCAUCGAUUUCCACGCUCAUAGCGAAAGAGUCAAUGAAAAGGAACAAACAAUACAACACCGUGUUUGUAUACAAAGAACUGCUCCGUUUCUUACGGCUCCAUCGUAGGUAACCAUCUGAUCCACAUCGGGAAAAGCAGAAAAAAUCCGUUUGUUGGGAAGCUGAGCGAGAUAGGCAAUAAUUUCUAUACGUUAACACAGCUUGAUAGCCGUUUACCCAAAUUGAUUCAAUUUCGACUGCAGUGAUAGAAGACGGAGGGCAAAAGUGUAAAAAACGGGCACCAGCCGCAGGGCAAAUGUUUCUGUUUCGGUUCGUUCUGUUCGUAAAGUGAAAGCUUGAAUAAUUGUAAUAUUGUUUCUUUCCAUUGUAUAAAUAUAGUGUACUUUUAAGCAUAAAUGAAGCAAUAAUGGUAACAAGCAAAAUAAUAAUCUCUUGCUUUCUUCCUGUUGUCUUCUAUCCCGCAUUCACAUUUGAUUCAUUUGCAGUUGAGUAAUCAGCUUUUUCUUAACCCAACAUUUAACAGCUUGAUGCAUUUGCUAAUGCUAAAAUCACAAAGAAACAAGAUACUACACUACUCUUUACAUUCCAUUUAAGGGCGCAUGACAGUAAUCUGAUGCGAGAUGAACAUUUGUAAAGGGUACGCAAGGGAAAAUAACGACGUUUUGGACGAGAAAAUAGAAGCGAUGGCCUAAUGCUUGGCAAAGAGUA